AAAUGUCAGUGCAAAUUGCACUAUCAUGUAUAUUAUCUCAUCUGGUUCUGUAGAAUCGAUACAUAUCCUCAAAUUUCUGACGUUAUUGUGAGGAAAGCUCGACUCUGAGGUGCAGAGUUUGGCAGGAACGGGUAAGACUCCCCUCGUCGCCGUUGAAGUAGACUUUCCAGGGGAACGCCCUGAUGAGCCAACUCCCUGAAGUAGAGGUCUGACUUUAAAGUUUAAACAAUGGCGGACGACCGAUUGAGCCAACUCCCUGAUGACAUUCUUCGUCUCAUCCUCGAUAAAAUCGGAAUAUUUCAAGCUGUUGAAACAGCUACUCUCUCCAAGAGAUGGAAAAACCUGUGGCGUUUCCUCCCCGGCCUCCGCUUCCACUUCAGCCUCCCCAAACACUACGACUUUGCCUUUGGAGAGAGGGAAUCCCGAUUGCGCUCUCACUGCCAACGUGUCUCCCAAUUUCUCUCCCACCGUCCACGACUUCCACCUAUCAUUCGACGCACAUAUUUUCCUAGACGGCGGAGUUGACAGCUCAUUCGUGGAGAAUUGCGUGCUCUACGCCAUCAAUCACGGCCUUUGGUCCCUCCACCUCCAGAUCCUGUAUCCCGGCUACAGCCUACAGAGGCUACCCGCAACGUUUUUUGCCAGCAAAACGCUGCAGGAGCUCGACCUCAGAGUGUGUGGUUUCCACAGCAUUGAGCCCGUUUCCGGCCUACCCGAGAUGGAGAAGCUUACUCUCAUCAAGUAUUCGCGUAAUACCCCUCUUGAUAUAAAAGCUCCAAAGCUUAGACCUUUUAAACUCUACGGUUGCUAUAGACUCAGACACAUUUAUGCUCCAUUGCUUACCUCCUUUACAUACAGGUCUCCUCAUGAUUGGGAGUGUGCACACGCGAAUCUCCCAAUGUUGGAACAAGUCGAUUUAGACAUUCAUAAGAGUAAAUACUAUCGCGAUCAAAAUCAUAUCAACUUUCUUACUAUACUUCACCAAUUACGGAACGCAACCAUAGUUUCACUAACUUUGGACACUAUCAAGAUUCUCCAAAGCAAAGUUGGUUUCUCUAAGCAAAUUCCUCAUAUACUUCCCAACAUGAAAUGUCUCAAAGUGAUGGAGGGAUGUCAUGGAAAUUGGACAGUGACACAGAGCGUAAUGAAGUAUUUGACAUGCACUUUCAACUGUAAGGUCGAGCAUUCUCCAAAUUUAUUAGUUAUAGCCGACGAAGACCAAGACGAAUACAAUAUAGUCGGCAAAGACGGAUACAACUAGGAAAGGCUUGAUAUUAUUACUAGUAUUACAUAACUGUAUUUUUAUUUUUAUUAUGGUUUAAUUUUGGCUCCAUUGGAUUU